GAAACUUCUAACUGAUUUCUGAGAGCCUUGACUUAGCAAAAACGCGUUUUGUUCUUUCACACUAUAUUUGAAUCUUUUUAUUAAUCCAAAAUCCAAACAUCAACUUUCAGGGAACAAACAUGACUGAUUUUCACUAUCAGUUUCCUGAUUCUCCUCCUUCCUCUUACACUUCAUCAGACAGUUUUGAAUAUCUUCAAAGAUUUUUUGAGAAAUAUGGCUCAUAUAUAAUUGUGGCAAUAUUUGGAAUUGUGGCAAUAGGUUUUGUUUUGGCAAUAGUUUGUGGAAUUAUUGAGUGUUUGAAGACAGUAGGAACAGCAAUGUUUUCUUACACUCAGAUUCCAACCACAGAGAAAGAUAAUCAAAUAUCUUCCAAUUCAUUUUCUUCAACCAACAACAUUGAAGUUGUAGUACAAACAGAUUCAAAACAUGAAUUUGCAACCAUGGAAAGAAUAUUUAGCAACAUCAAUAGAGAGAAACCGGUAAGAUUCACACCUGAGAAACUCGAUGAAAUUACAGAAAAGUACUCAACCAUAUUAGGUUCUGGUGCUUUUGGCGUUGUCUUCAAAGGAGAAUUAUCAAAUGGAGAAAAUGUUGCAGUGAAAGUUCUCAACUGUUUGGAUAUGGGAAUGGAAGAGCAAUUCAAAGCAGAAGUUAUCACAAUUGGAAGAACUUAUCAUAUCAAUUUAGUCAAACUUUAUGGCUUCUGCUUUCACCGUGAUAAACGAGCACUUGUUUAUGAAUACGUGGAAAAUGGUUCUCUAGACAAGUACAUAUUUGGCAGCAAGAACCGCAAUGACUUUGAUUUUCAAAAGCUUCAUAAGAUUGCGAUCGGAACAGCUAAAGGUAUCGCUUAUUUACAUGAGGAAUGUAAACAUAGAAUAAUUCAUUAUGAUAUAAAACCAGAAAAUGUUCUUCUCGACAUGAAGUUAGAACCUAAGAUAGCUGAUUUUGGAUUAGCAAAGCUUAGAAGUAGAGAAAGUAACAUUGAACUGAAUACUCACUUUAGAGGAACGAGAGGAUAUGCCGCACCAGAAAUGUGGAAGCCUUAUCCAGUGACAUAUAAGUGUGAUGUUUAUAGUUUUGGUAUUCUUUUAUUUGAAAUUGUAGGGAGAAGACGGCAUUUUGAUUCUAGCUAUAGUGAAUCACAACAAUGGUUUCCAAGAUGGACAUGGGAAAUGUUUGAGAAUAAUGAAUUGGUUGUUAUGCUUGCACUUUGUGAAAUUGAAGAGAAAGAUAGUGAGAUAGCAGAGAGAAUGUUAAAGGUUGCUCUAUGGUGUGUUCAAUAUUCACCAAAUGAUAGACCUCUAAUGAGUACUGUUGUGAAGAUGUUAGAGGGUGAAAUUGAUAUUUCUUCACCUCCAUUUCCUUUUCAUAAUCUGGUUCCUGCUAAAGAAAAUUCGACACAAGAGGGAAGUACUGCAGAUUCUGAUACGACUACAUCAUCAUGGCGUACCGAAUCUUCAAGAGAGUCUGGUUUUAAAACCAAACACAAUGCAUUUGAGAUUGAAACAGCUACUUCGAUUUAGUUAAGAGUCCCAUGUGAUAUGACUAUAGGCAUGAGUCGGCUUAUGAAUUGAUUUUGUAGGAUUGAAUUAAACCCAACCCAAAUCCAAAGAAAUGUAUUAUUGUUGUACAGAGAAAACAAUAUUGUGCUAUGAAACUCCCUCUCAUAUUGGUUUUCUAUCAACAAAGUGUUGCAAAUUUCUAUAGAAUAGUUUAUCAAAGGUCAAAUAGAUAAACACAAACUAAGAUUUAGAGCCUACUUUCCAACCAAACAAAGUUUUUUUACACAAGGUCAAAGAGGAAAGAUGCAAAGCCUCUAUAUUGAGAUUCUACUGUUUUUAUAUCUAUCAUGUUUAGGCCUCCGAAAUUUGUAUACUACUAGUACUACAUAGAUAUGGUCAAAUGUAAUAUCAAUUUUACAACCACAGACAUCUUGAGUUCGGCUUUGCUUAA